AAUGUCAACCUUUCUUUAUUUGCGCAUUUCCCCGCACGUCGGAUUUUUUCUCUCAGCUCCUCUACACUUUCUAUAGAAGCUUUUGCUUGCACACACACAACAAAUUAUUCGGCACCGCUUGCUUGGUUGGGGUAUUGCGUUUGAGCGUAGACGGCACACUAGAGCUCUACACAUCAGCUGCCUUUGGCUCUACGCCAGAGAUCACGUUGCACAUUGCACUUUGGGCAGAUUGAGAUCUUUUUUAUGAUGCAAAUUGUACGAAAACCCCAUUUUGGCGCGAAUCGCAUUAAUAAUUGCAUUCAUCACUUACUUACUCAUAUGCGCACACAGGCAAGCUGCUUGGCAGCUAUUUUUACUACUAUUUGCAUGACACUAAACCGCGCCAUUUAAUUGCUGUAGGUGUGCAAAAAUCCCGCGAGAGACACAAAACACGACAUUGUGGACAAGGGAUCGACGCAGAUAGUUUGCAUUUUCAAAUUAUUUUGAAUGUUUCGUUUUAGAGAACAAAAAACGCAAUACAAUACAGGCUAAAUUUCCCCCCAGGACUUCCCUAUCGUAAGGGUUUCUGGUUUGCCCCGGUCUGGUUUGCCUUCUAUCUAUGCAUAUGACGGUCAAUGACGGUUGGAUCAAUAAUGGACAAAACGAAUGCACCGGUACGGGGGAUACAAAAAAAAAACACACAAACAAACGGCCGGAGAGUACCGGAGCCAUGUUUUAGCGAUUCACCAAGGCACAGCUGAAGGUUAGCGCGCCUGUACACGGACGAAUCUAGUGUGCAGUGCUUAAUGCAUAUCGGUCCAUGCUGCCACUGUUGGAGUGUGCUGUACACGUCGAUAUACAGACGGUGGCGCUUAUACAUUUGCACGUGUAGAUCGGGCGGCCGGUGUAAUGGGCCCGUUAUAACGGUCAUAAUGGUACAUAAUUUUAGCUUAUCCUACAGCAAAAAUUGUUGGUAGCCGUGUACGUACACCAGGGGGCGGGGUGGCAAAUUGCUGCCAGCAUGUCGCAUGUCGAACCCUUUGCCCGCGAGGUGUGUUAAAUGUGCUCAGUUCCCUUGUAUGACGAUGAGCAAGUGGAACAGUAGGAGUAAAAGAAAAUCAAUAGUAGAAUAAUUUAAAGCAGAAAAUUGUAGACAGUUUGUUGAGUCCAGCGCAGUUGAUUUGCAAUCAAAAGAGACAGAGAAGAUAUGAUUGAAAAUGAGAAAGGCUUUUGCUUUGAAUUUCAAAAAGAUUAAUGGAGAAGUGAGAUAAAUUUUGAUAUAAUUCGCAAUCAGCAAGGGAUGCAAUUAUACAGGAAUUGUUUUGCAAAUUCCGCUUUACAUUGUGUGCCGUAAGGGCACCCUAUAAUGGUUGCCUUGUAAGGACCAUACGGCGAAUCGCAUCUUAAUGAUAUUGAACAAAAGCAAACCCGCCAUGCCUACUUUGUUUGUUUGCACCCUUUGAUUGAAUCAAUAAACAUCCCAAAAAAGCCCAUUGCCGUAGCGAAUCUUGCAGUCAUUUUAUUGAUCCGCUUUCGCUGGGUGCCACGUGUUUUUGUUUACUUUCCUCACUUGGCCACCUGUCGGGUGACGGCGCGCGCUACGCUCCUAUUUCGGCUUCGUUGCAGGCCCAGAAACGCUACGUCAUGUAUUACGAUACGCCGCGAAUCCUUUUGCUGCUGCCAUGGCUGUGUUGGUAUGUGUGUGUGUGUUAUUCUGUUGUUCCACCAGCGGACUGCGGAGAGGAUCGCAGUUUCAGACAGCUGUUGUUUACGCGGACUCCGAGCCCUUUAAGCGACCUGCUGGCGAUGAUGAAACCGGACGGCACAGAAUGUCGCACACCAACAGCAACCAAACACACACACACACACACUCGGCUGCCUGCCAGCCCGCACGCAACGCAACCUUUUUGGCAGGCAAAACGCAAAGGAACAACAGCAAGCAGGUUGAUCGGCUCGACCGACCGAUACCCGACGGCGGUGCUCGUCUACCCGAACCUGCCUUGCCACGAACGGGCACGCAUGCGUCGACGGGGUUUCUUCGGGGUCGAAUGGCAAUAGUGUGUUUGCGGUGCAUCGUAACCUAUCCACCCCGGAGGUGUCUCGGUGGAAAGGUGUCUAGAAUCCAUGUUUGUUUUCCGAACACACAGUCGUCAGGCCUGAUAAAGUGUAAAGUGACUUGCAGUUGUUAGGAUUAGCAUAGAAAUAUGUCAAGGAGAUACACGAUUGAUUAGGUGUUCAGGAGCGGCUCAGUUUCCGGAUACUUUGCCAAAGCAAUCAUCACCAUCUGAAGGAUUUAUAAAGUGUGUUUGAGCUUUUACUUAUCUCUGCUAGCGCUACUCUCAACAACAACUAAUCCACGACAGCGUCAGCGCAAUACUUUUCCGCAUGGCCGCCGUUUGCCAAAGAUAGAGCCUUGCGAUCGAUUUUUGCCAAAUAUUCACCUUUUUGCUGCGACAGACAGAGGUACUGCGGUGUAUGUGACACGCUCGGCAGUUCUUUCUACACCAUUAGAUCGAAUAUAUCGUAACUGCGUUCACUGUUUAAUCAAGGAGGAAACAAAUCAUUAGCGUUUCAAUACACCAGCCAAUAUACUGAUACUGAAGGAUACCCCGCUGCUGUAACCUUAGAGAGAAAAAACACCUACGUGACCGUGUGUGAAUCCCCACCGAGACACCAACACACGGCAAUUACACACACGCGUAGUACAAAGCUUUUGCAAAUUGCGGAUUGGGUGUGACUCGCCAGCAGCAAAACCACACACACUGAUUCCUUCGCUAAACCUUAAGCUUAGCUUCCUCUUAAGUUGUCUCAUUUGUAGUACGGCUACGGCCAACUCUCCCACGGAGAUGCGGGACAUUGCGGCUCGUAUCUGUCGGGACUAUCUGACCGGUGCCUGGAAGACGAUAUCGGCCGACGAGCUGCAGCUGAAGCGCAUCAGCGGUGGACUCUCCAACUUCCUCUACUACGUCAGCCUGCCGGAGCAUCAUUAUUACGGCAACAACAACAACAACAACAACAACAAUGGUGGCAAGAAAUCGCAUCCAAACUCACGGCGAGGCUCGUUCGCAACGGAUCACCAUACCGUGACAAAGACGGCAACAAAGGCACGAAAUGGAAGCAAGCGGGCACGAAAGGAUAGUGGCGCCAGUUUGCUAGAACCAAAGGAGGUGCUGCUAAGAAUUUACGGUCAAACGCACGGGGAACAUGCGCUGGAAACGAUGCUCACCGAAUCGGUCGUGUUUACGCUGCUGAGCGAGCGCAAGCUUGGCCCGAAACUGCACGGCAUCUUUCCGGGCGGCCGCAUCGAACAGUACAUACCGGCCCGGGCCCUGCUGACGGCGGAGCUGAGCGAUGCAAAGAUAUCGAUAAAGGUAGCGGAAAAGAUGGCCGCCAUCCACAGUAUGGACAUACCGGUGUCGAAGGAACCGGACUGGAUCUGGAACACGAUGGCCCGGUGGCUGAAGGGUAUCGCCGGGACGCUGGAAACGAUGGAGCGCGAUCGGGCGAACGGCAACGUGAAGAAGGCCGGUGGUAUCGGGGAUCAGUCGGGGGAAGAAGCAAGCAUCAUUACCACGAUGGAUCUGGCGGGUGAGGUCGAGUGGUUGCGAUCGGUAAUUGAGAGCGAAGACUUUCCGGUCGUCUUUUGUCACAACGAUUUGCAGGAGGGCAACAUACUGCUGCGACAGGAUUAUCCCACAGUGAGCGAACCUAGCUUCCGCGAAUGCACAACUUUGGACAAUUUCGAUGAAUCGGCCCAGCUCGAUUCACACUUCAGCAGCAUCCUAAUAUCGAACGGCGGUGUGGUUUCUAGCAAUGAAUCGGUAUCUCCAUCCGAUGGCAACAUUGGUCUCAAUCGCAGCUCGAGAAAGCGAUCGCUGGAUCACGAUUCGAUGGAGAACGAUCUGGACAAUACGCGAGAUUCGGUGCUGAGCGGCAACUCCCAAGCCCUGUCGGACGCAAACUCUUCCACGGACGGCGAGCCGGAACUGAUGAUCAUUGACUUCGAGUACUGUGCCUACAACUAUCGCGGGUUCGAUCUGGCCAACCACUUCCUCGAGUGGACGUUCGACUACACCAACACGCAGUCGCCCUACUUCUACCACAAGCUGGACCAGUACCCUACCGCCGAACAGCAGGAAAAGUUCAUCACGCAGUACCUGAGCCACUUGUCGCCACCGAUGGAGGAUGGGCUGGAGAUUGGCGACCGUGAUGAUUCGGCCGAGGAGGAGGAACGCUCCAAGUACGGUUCGCUGACGGGCAGCGUUUCGGAGGAAGAGGUCGAGCAGGUGCGCCGGGAAGUGCAGUGCUUCACCAUGGCGUCCCAUCUGUUCUGGAGCCUGUGGGCCAUCGUGAACGUGUAUCAAGAGAUCGAGUUUGGCUACAUGGAGUACGCCGUUUGCCGACUAAAGCAGUACCAACAGGCCAAACAGUGCUACAUCGAAACGACAAUGCCCAACGGCGGGAACGGUUGUCCGGGCGAGCAGACACCACCGGUCGAUCCGGAGAAAUGAGCUGCUGGUCCAAACCCUGCGUAGCCUGGUACAUAUGCCGGAAGGGUGAUGUGGUGGGGUCUCCGUUUUGAAACUGAGACUGAAACUGAAUCUCAUACCCCGGUCAGUUACUGCAACCGUUUGUGAAGAGGCUGCAAAAUCAAAGAAUGUCGGAACAACUUUCCCUUCCACGGGGGAGGUGGUUGUGUGUCUGUCGGAACUCAUUGGCUGUACAAGACUCUCUCGGAUCCUAUUAACCCGUAAGCGGGCGUGCGCACACAUACAAGAAACCCAAUCUGAUCCAGUCUAUAAAUUAUGAAUGGGCGAACUUUAUAUCGUUCAGGCUCCGUUUUUCCGCUUUUUGUGUCAAAACGACAAUUCUAACCGCGUCAAGUACCAAGCACACACACACACCCACACAGCCUAACUUGCUGCUGCUCAUUAACGGUAACGGGUGCGGAACAGAGAGUUAAACGUGAUUUCGAUUUUAAGCAACGCACGUGUGACCAGUUGUUAGAGAAGUAGAGUUAGCCGGAAGCGUUUGUUGCCAACCAUUUUGUGGAAAGGGUUUUGCGCGGGUUGUGGAGUAGGCUAGGUUAAGGAUCGUCCAGCGAAUGUCCAGUCCAGUUGCGUAUGAUAAGGUCGUCAUUUUAGGUGAAAACAGUAUUAGUUGCCCAUAGUGCGCGAUGCUAACGAGCUGUGGUGGUGUAUUGUUGCUAGACAGACGUGUGUACGACGUACGUGUACGGUGUUGUCCUGUAGGGUAUAUUGAUUCACUCCACAACGAAGCUGUUUCUAUUAUGACUAUUUAUUUGAGGUUGUUUUGUCUUACGUAUACUUUAGAGUCAGAUGUGUACAAACGACACUCUCCCUGUCUGGCGCGCUGGCCCCACCGUUUUCAAUGGCGCAAAAUGGCGUCGUUUGUGAUGUACGGUUUUGCGCAAAGAGUGAGAGAGAGAGACAUAUUCUAUCUUUACUACUACAAUUCCUUCACUCACAUCCUUUUGGAAUGGGACGAACAGAAAAGACUAGGAAAGAAGGUGUGAUAUGACGAAUUUAUACCGAUAGUAGUAACUUGUCUAACUUAGAGCUGCUGUGUAAUGUCGUUCUUAAAGAAACCGGGGGGAGAUUUUUUAUAAGUUUUAUUUUCUUUCGCAAUAAAUGUGUAACAUUUUGAGUUUUA